GAUUUGACCACUCACAAAAACGCAGUUGAGGAAAUUAGAAAAGGAAUCCGAAUCUACUGAACCUCGCGGCUUUCCGUCGUUUAGUACUCUGUCAUCAUUACCACAUCUUCCUGUCCCGUUUGAGGCAAACACUUAGCGCUAGCUAGCUUUUGUGUCAACAUUAGUGGGCUCAGUUCACAUACUUUACAUUUGGAGGUAGGUAAGGCUUUCUGAAAAAUACUGUAGUGUUGUUUUCAUUUUCUGUGUAACGACGUGUGGUUUAGGCCCCGCCCAUCCGCAGAGGUAAACAAAGUAUAUCUCCGUCACCCAACACGAGCGAGCUGUUUCACAGCCGCCAUCAACACCGGACUCCAGUUAUCGCCUGUAAAUGGAAAUACGAGUAAUUUCGCCAUGAAUUGCCGCUCAGAGGUUCUUGAAGUAACGGUGGAGGCGAGGCAGGUGGAAGAAGCUAUGCUGGCUUUGCUGCACACCAUUUUACUGCAUCGCAGCUCCGGGAAAUUUCACUACAAAAAAGAGGGCACCUACUCCAUAGGCACUGUGGGUACACUCGACAUCGACUGCGACUUCAUCGAUUUCACGUUCGUCAGGGUGUCCUCGGAGGAGCUCGACAGAGUGAUCAGGAAGGCCGUAUCUGAAUUCAAGGAUGCGUUGAGCAACUCUGGCAGCGAUGGCAUGGGGCAGAUCUCCCUGGAGUUUUACCAGAAGAAGAAGUCUCGCUGGCCCUUUUCUGAUGAGUGCAUUCCUUGGGAAGUGUGGAGCAUCAAAGUCAACGUUGUCAACCUGGCCAAUGAGCAGGAGAGGCAGAUCUGCAGGGAGAAAGUGGGCGAGAAGCUGGGCGAGAAGGUGAUCAACGUGGUCGAGGUCAUAAACCGCCACGAGUAUCUGCCAAAGAUGCCCACCCAGUCCGAAGUGGACAAUGUUUUCGACACCAGUCUGAAAGAUGUUCAGCCCUACCUUUACAAAAUCACAUACCAGAUCACAGACUCUUUGGGCACUUCUGUAAGCACAACAAUGAGAAGGCUGAUCAAAGACACCCUGGCACUGUGAGGAUUUGCUCCAAGAAAAAGCAGAAAGAUCUGGACGAUCCAAAACCGUAUCUGUAGUGAUGCUUCUUAUGUUCAAAUGUACACAUUUAGUACCUAAUCAGUGUAUUAGUUUGAUGUCUCUGCUCUGGUGUCGAUAUUGCUUUUACCUUUUUAAAAAUCUUAAUGUGUUAUUUAAAUUUUGUUUUUUUGGGCGUAUUUUAUAGGAAUGUAACUUCAAUUCAGUUGCAAAUAACACAAUUUAUCAGUAUAUUAAAUUCUUUCUUAAAUUGUGUACUGAUAGUCAUAUUUGUAAAUCAUUGAUAUUCUUGACAAUAAAUGUCCAUUAUAACUGCCGGUACUUACCGUCAACAGUCACAA